CCAUGUCAAGGUUUGGGAACAGUGGCCAUGACGACAGUCUCCUCAGUACCAUGGCGGUGCGGCUCCGCAAGGUAGAGGAGGAACUGUUAACCAAAACCAAACAGUUAGAAGAGAAAGAUAAGCAGCUGCAUCACUUCAGAGUCAGCUUGAAUGAGGAGAAAGCUAAAGACAGGCUGGUAGGUCACUUGCGGUCUCAGUGCGAGAGAGCGUUUCAACAGAUCCAGGAAAUGGAGGAGUUUCUGGCGGAUUACGGGAUGGUCUGGGUGGGAGCCAGCGAGUCCCCUGACAACAUUCCAGAAGAAACUGAGGAGGAUUUAGAAGGGGAAGAGAAGAAGUCAGUAUCGGUACAGUCGACGUGGAACCAGGAAGAGUCUGUCACUGACACGGCUCCAGACUACAACAAGAUAGUCCACAAUGUCCACGAGCUGAACAUUCUAGCUGGAGAUGGCGUGGGGAUGGUGGAGAGAGGACCAGAUGGGAUCACCAGGGUGGUACAACCUGACCCCAUACCUCUUACUCUUUACUCUAAUGGUAUUUACAUGUUCCAGGGCCCUUUCAGACCCCUUUCAGAGCCCCAAACCCGCCAGUUUGUUCUGGAUCUAGAGGAAGGCUACUUUCCCUCUGAACUGCAAAAAAGGUAUCCUAACGGCAUGGUUAUUAAACUGACCGAUCUUCGAGAGAAGCAGUACGUUGAUAAAAGACAACAAGCUUCAUUUGCGGGUAAGGGGAACCGUCUCUCUGAGGGAGCUAAAGAGCUGGCAGCUAUCAGAGGAUACAGUGAAGAUGUGGACUCUGAAGAUGUUGCUACUGAUACAUCAGACCCAAUACAGAAACCUUCUCUCGAGCGUUUCUUGAACAAGCUUCCUCCAAACGUUAUAAGAGAUGGUAAAAUCAUUGACAUCAGGGAAUCAGUGAGUGCCAUGGUGGGGAGCACUUCAACUCCAACUAAAGUCGAGGUAGCUGAGACAGCAGUUGUUAAGCAGAUCCAAGCUGGAGAGGGCACUUCGGGGCCCGUGGCUACUCUCAGGGUCAAACUUGAUGGGGGAACCAAAACAUUGAUAGUGAAACUACAGUACACAGACACUAUCGGAGAUUUGAGGGAAUUUAUCAAGAAACACAAAUCGGGAUUGUACGAGAUCAGGACCACGUUUCCUAACAAGAUUUUUAGUAGAUUAAGUGAAAGUUUGGAAGAGGCUGGGCUUGUCCCCAGCGCUACUUUACACAUCAGAGAUUUGUAAAUAUUUACUGUUUUGUAUCCAAAUCAAGGAACUGGUCUGUGUAUAUUUCUUUAAUUUAUUAACCUGUAUAUAACAAAGUGAUUUAUAUUAUUUUAUGUUUUAUUUAUAAAAUUUAGUUUGUGAUUUGAAUGUCAUAUGUCAUAUUAAAUUAUUAUCAGUUAUAUAGCCGUAUAUAGCAUGCCAAAUCAGUAUUUUUAUUUAUUAUUAGAGUUUGUGUAAGGGCAUUGUAAAUUUGCUGAUGUUAGCUUUAAAAGAGUGAUUUAUAAUUUAAACGAUUUUCAGAGAUAUUUUAUAACGUUCUUUUCCCGCAUGUUUUCAGCCAUAAAGAUCAAUUUUAUUGGUACUCGGUACAUUUGAUUUAGUAGAAGUUGAAUUUUAGCUACUGUACUUGGAAUAAUCACAGAUUUUAUGACGUCAUCAUAAUAUUAUAUCCUCCCAGAAUCGAGUUGAGCGAUUCUAUCCAAGUUUAUGAGUAUGACGUUAAUAA